AUGGAAUUGGAAUAUAAACGCGUGUGGGGAGGCGAUAAAUCAAAGGCUUGGUCAGUGGGCAAGCAUCCAUCUGUGGAUGCAUUCGUUUCACCUGCCAAGGUAUCCAUCUAUCUACCGCUCUCAUAUGACAAUAGAGCAACUGAACUGAUUAGCGUUGAUCGCGGUGUCAACUUGCAUAAAUUCAUUUAUCUCCACUACGCUGCUCAUUGCGAUUGGAAUUAUGCAGGUGGUUUGAAUUAUGUCUCUGAACCAGUAGGCAAAGCGCGUAAAGAUCAGUAUCUAGGCCCAGAUGCACAUAUACUGGCGUACUAUCAAAUAGCACGCAACGUGUACACGGUGGAUAUAUACGAUAAAGCGCUGGAUGAAGUUUGGAAGGGAGAUCUACCACUUGAAGAUAUUAUAAAAAUGCGUUCUUGA